GUUCAGGGUGACCUUGGGGAACAGGGGCCUCAGGGAAUCAAAGGAAAGAAAGGAGAGAAGGGAAAAAAGGGAGAGAAGGGUCUAGCCGGGGUAAUAGGAUAUAUUGGGCCACCUGGUCCCAGAGGACCACGGGGAUUCAUGGGGCCGACUGGUCCACCUGGACAGACAGGGGAGCUUGGGUUCACUGGAUCACCAGGAUCACCAGGACGUACGGGACCGAGAGGGUUGAAGGGAGUUCCGGGCGUCAACGGACCCCCUGGCCAGCUUGGUGAUAUAGGGACAAGGGGACCACCUGGCAAGCAGGGAGAGGAAGGGCCUGAUGGUAUUGUUGGUAGUCCUGGUGUUCCUGGACCACAGGGAAAACCAGGAGAUGGACAUGCUGGUCAAAAAGGAGAUCCUGGAAAUGCAGGAAUUGAAGGAAGCAUUGGAGAUCCAGGACCACCGGGUAUAAAAGGUGCCAAUGGAAAACCAGGAAAACUUGGACCCUCAGGUGAUCCAGGUCUGAAAUCCCAGCGUGGAAUGAAAGGAGAUUCUGGCCAAAAUGGAGAUCAAGGUCUUCCGGGGCUGCCAGGUAAACAGGGAUUCAGAGGCAGAGGAGGGCAGUCUGGUGUACAGGGAGAGAUAGGCCCACCUGGACCUGCUGGUUUACCAGGGGCCACGGGCUAUGAUGGACCUAUUGGAGAUCCAGGGAGACAGGGACAAGAUGGACUUAAGGGAGAGAGAGGUCCUCUGGGUAUCCAAGGUGUUCAUGGACCACGAGGUGACAAGGGUCGAAAUGGCCAAGGAGGAUUUUCUGGUUUUCCAGGACCUUUGGGGGAGAUGGGAAAAUCAGGAGAACAAGGACCUGAAGGAGAGCCCGGUAUUAAGGGUUUACAAGGGGUCCCUGGAGGAACUGGGUUUAAAGGUGAAAAGGGACUGCAGGGUGUUUCGGGGAGUAGAGGACAGGAUGGUACUCAUGGUGCACCUGGAUCGAUUGGACCAUCGGGAUCAGAUGGUGAUAGAGGACCUACAGGAACACGAGGUUUACAGGGAAAGCCUGGUGCACCAGGAAUCCAAGGUCCUAUUGGAAAAACUGGGGAAGCAGGGAGCCGAGGUCUCGCUGGCAAACCUGGAAAGCCUGGAAUCAGGGGUGUCAAAGGCAGAGAAGGUUCAGUAGGGUUUCAUGGCAGUCCUGGGGAAAAGGGAAAAAAUGCCCCUGAGGGGCCAAAAGGAAAGCCUGGUCAGCCAGGUCCUCGAGGCGUACCAGGAGAGAAGGGCUACAUUGGACCGCCUGGACCACAAGGAAACAUAGGCCAGUGGGGUGAGACAGGUCUGCAGGGGCCAGUAGGAAAUCAAGGGCCCCGAGGACCUCCUGGGCCGAAUGGAGUGGCUGGGUACCCAGGUAAAGAUGGACCACCUGGACCCCUCGGACCUCAAGGAGAAAAAGGCAAUAAGGGACUGAGAGGAGCCAGUGGACUGAAGGGAGUUGCCGGUAUCGAUGGUGAGGAGGGCCCGGUGGGUGAAACUGGACCAGUCGGACCAGCAGGAAGUAAAGGAUUGCCUGGUGAGAAGGGUAAAAAAGGGUUUCUUGGUGAACAUGGCCUAAAAGGAAUCCCAGGCGAGAGUGAAAAUCGAGGACCACCUGGAGCGAAAGGACCAAUAGGAAGAGAUGGGUUGAGUGGUGCUCCAGGGCAGAAGGGAGAUCCUGGAUCCCCAGGUGAAAAAGGUCAGCCAGGUGUAAGAGGUCAAUCCGGCUUGGUGGGGAAGUACGGUCCUGGGGGGAACAUGGGAGAAGCUGGUGAUAAAGGCGACAAAGGUCUACGUGGACUUGUUGGUGAUACAGGAACAAAUGGGCCUCCAGGUCCAAAGGGUGUUGUUGGGUUACUGGGUUUGCCAGGAAAAGAAGGAUUUGUUGGACAAAGUGGAAAGCAUGGGCUGAAAGGAGAACCUGGACUUAAAGGGGAUUCAGGGGGCCCUGGGAAGAUAGGAUCAAUUGGUGCUCAAGGUCCAAGUAAGAAGAAAGGAGAGCCUGGAACAAGAGGCAAAAUGGGUCCAGUGGGUCAGCCAGGAGCUGUGGGUCCUCACGGUCUGAAGGGAAAACAAGGAUCUUCAGGAACUCCAGGGGGAAAAGGAGUCAAGGGUCAAAUAGGGCCAAAAGGAGUGAACGGUUCUCCUGGAAGGAGAGGCAGUAAAGGUGUUGCAGGAAAACCAGGACCUCAAGGACCAAAAGGGAAACAUGGCAAUCCUGGUCUCCCUGGAAAGCCAGCAAGGUCGUAGUGGAACAGAUGGACUGCUGGGAGUUAUAGGCACUGAGGGCGACCCAGGUGACAUUGGGUUCAGAGGACCUCCAGGGAGACCGGGUCCUCCAGGUAGUGCUGGCGCCCCAGGAAUACCUGGUUUGCAAGGGAGUCAAGGACUAUCUGGACCAAAGGUCAUUUCUAUUCUGACUCAUAAAUAAAUAAAUGC